CGCCCGGCGGAGGAGCAGGACCAUGGCCGCGGCUCCGGCGGAGGCGGAGACCCGGCAGCGUCUCCUGCGCACCGUCAAGAAGGAGGUGAAGCAGAUUAUGGAGGAAGCUGUGACAAGGAAGUUUGUGCACGAGGACAGUAGCCACAUCAUCUCAUUCUGUGCUGCCGUGGAAGCCUGCGUCCUGCACAGCCUGAAGCGGAGAGCAGCUGGGUUCUUGCGCAGUAACAAGAUCGCAGCCCUGUUCAUGAAGGUGGGCAAGAGCUUCCCUCCGGCAGAAGAUCUUUCUAGAAAGGUCCAAGAUCUGGAACAGCUCAUCGAGAACACACGAAACCAGGUACAAGGCGUCCAGGAGAACGUGCGCAAAGUGCAGAAGCUGCCGAACCUGUCUCCCCAGGCCAUCAAGCACCUCUGGAUCCGCACAGCCCUCUUCGAAAAGGUCCUGGAUAAAAUCGUGCAUUACCUGGUAGAAAACAGCAGUAAAUACUAUGAGAAAGAAGCUCUCCUGAUGGAUCCCGUAGAUGGACCAAUUCUUGCUUCCUUAUUGGUGGGGCCUUGCGCCCUGGAGUACACCAAGAUGAAGACGGCGGAUCACUUCUGGACUGACCCCUCCGCCGACGAACUCGUUCAGAGGCAUCGCAUUCACAGCUCACACUGUCGCCAGGACUCUCCCACUAAGCGCCCUGCUCUCUGUAUUCAGAAAAGGCAUUCGAGUGGCAGCAUGGACGACCGGCCGUCACUGUCUGCCAGAGACUAUGUGGAGUCUUUGCAUCAGAAUUCCAGAGCCACGCUACUCUACGGCAAAAACAACGUCCUGGUGCAGCCGAGAGACGACAUGGAGGCGAUCCCGGGGUACUUGUCCCUUCAUCAGACUGCAGACAUCAUGACGUUGAAAUGGACCCCCAACCAGCUAAUGAACGGUUCUGUGGGAGAUCUGGACUACGAGAAAAGGCUAAUUUCUAAAAUUUCCCAGUGUCCAGGCAAGACACAGAGAGAGAGAGGUCAAACCACAAAUGUGUACUGGGACUAUGCCAUGACCAUUCGCCUCGAGGAGAUCGUCUACCUGCACUGUCACCAGCAGGUAGACAGCGGUGGGACAGUAGUUUUGGUGAGUCAGGAUGGAAUUCAGAGGCCUCCGCUCAGGUUCCCCAAAGGAGGGCACCUGCUUCAGUUUCUGUCCUGCCUAGAAAAUGGUCUCCUCCCUCAUGGACAGCUGGACCCACCUCUUUGGUCACAGAGGGGGAAGGGGAAGGUGUUUCCAAAGCUGAGAAAGCGAAGUCCCCAGGGCUCUUCCGAGUCGGCAUCUGAUAAGGAAGAUGAUGAAGCCACGGACUACGUUUUCCGGAUAAUCUACCCCGGCACGCAGUCAGAGUUUGUUCCUGUAACCAGUCAUUCUCGUCCUUUCCUUGCCUCCCCUGCAAUCUCUGGCGCCGCUGGGAGGGAGAUGACCCCGAGGACUCCUGCUACAAGCAAGAUUGUGGUGAUCCCCAAACGCUCUCUGAGCCUCCUGGCCAGACCCCUCACUGCGCCAUGGACUGAACCGCAUCAGCUGCCCCAGGAGCUGAUCGACACACCAGCCAGCAGCCUGCCUUCCAUGUGGCAACCUAGCACCCGCAAGUCCUCCUGCUCCUCGUGCUCCCAGAAUAGCUCCUCCGAUGGUGGCCCAUCCAACGGCUGCAACCAUGAAAGAACCCCACUAAAGCUCCUGUGUGACAACAUGAAAUACCAGAUCCUCUCCCGGGCUUUCUAUGGCUGGCUGGCAUACUGUCGACAUCUCUCCACUGUGCGAACCCACCUGUCCGCAUUGGUUAACCACAACAUUGUGUCUCCUGACCUGCCAUGUAAUGCCAGCGGUGGACUGACUGCAGAGAUAUGGCAAAAAUACCUGCAGGAUAGCACGAGUUACGAGGAGCAGGAGUUGUUACGGCUCAUCUACUACGGUGGGAUCCAGCCUGAGAUCAGGAAAGCCGUCUGGCCCUUCCUCUUGGGCCACUACCACUUCGGGAUGACGGGAGCUGAGAGGAGAGAGGUUGACGAUCAGAUCCGGGCCUGCUAUGAACAGAUCAUGGCGGAAUGGCUGGGCUGCGAGGCCAUCGUUCGGCAAAGGGAGAAGGAAUCCCACGCUGCGGCUCUGGCCAAGUGCUCUUCUGGGGCGAGCUUAGACACCCACAUUCAGAGGAUGAUGCACAGGGAUUCGACUGUCAGCAACGAGUCUUCCCAAAGCUGUAGCUCUGGCAGGCAAAGCCACGCCCGGCUGCUGAGUGACUCCAGCUCCAGCACCCAGGUGUUUGAAUCAGUUGAGGAUGUGGAACAGACUGAGGCAGAUGCCCAACUCGAAGACGGCAAACAAGCCAAAAUCCUAAACGGGAUGAUCGCCAAUGGCACGUGUUCCCCUGAGCCUGGCCAUCCCUCUUCCCAGACUUUCUACAGCACGUCUGAGCACAGCUUCAGCACUGACGAGAAUGCGACGGAAUCCAGCAAAACCGGGGCCUGCCACCAAGGGAAAGCCAGUGGGGCAGAGGCCCCGAAACCACAGAGCUCAGCCAAUACACUGUCAGAGGAUAAGCUGGCGGGGGAGGAUCUGCAGGGCCAGGACAGCCUGGAAGGUGAAUGUCCCAUCAAUGGAAGCUUAGAAGUCUUUAUUCCAGUUGGCGGGAGCACAGCGGCGGUUUUGCCUGACAAUGAAGCGGUGGGCCUUUCUGUGGUGGAUGAAAGCUGGGCUGAUAGUGAAGCUGAAAAGCGCAGCUUGGUGGGGAGUGAGGACAAUCUGUCGGAGGAACCAGAGAUGGAGAGCUUGUACCCACCGCUGGAUUCACUAGCUGUGGCUGACUUGGCUAACAAUGAAGUUUCUCCCGUCUCCUCAACUGGGGUCACCUAUUCUCCAGAGCUCCUGGACAUGUACACUGUGAACCUGCAUCGCAUUGAGAAGGAUGUGCAGAGAUGUGACCGGAACUACUGGUACUUCACACCUGCCAACCUCGAGAAGCUCCGCAACGUCAUGUGCAGCUACAUCUGGCAGCACAUUGAGAUCGGCUACGUGCAGGGAAUGUGCGACCUGCUGGCGCCUCUCCUGGUCAUCCUGGAUGAUGAGGCGCUCGCGUUCAGCUGUUUCACCGAGCUCAUGAAAAGGAUGAACCAGAAUUUCCCACAUGGGGGAGCCAUGGACACCCACUUCGCUAACAUGAGGUCACUGAUCCAGAUCUUGGACUCUGAGCUCUUUGAGCUGAUGCACCAGAAUGGGGACUACACCCAUUUCUACUUCUGCUAUCGAUGGUUUCUCCUGGACUUCAAGCGAGAGCUGGUGUAUGAUGAUGUUUUCUCUGUCUGGGAGACAAUCUGGGCAGCUGCACGCGUCUCCUCUUCGCACUAUGUCCUCUUCAUAGCCCUGGCCUUGGUGGAAAUGUACCGGGACAUCAUUUUGGAAAAUAACAUGGAUUUUACAGAUAUCAUCAAGUUCUUCAAUGAAAUGGCCGAGCGGCACAACACCAAACAGCUCCUGAAGCUGGCCCGGGAUCUCGUGUACAAAGUCCAGACGCUGAUUGAGAAUAAAUGAAAGGCCUGGGAAGGGUGGGGUGUUUGGCGAGACGUCGCCGACUCCCGUCCAACACUUCCUUCCCCAUCUCCUUUUUCUUGAAGUGCCACACCUGUGACAAAAAAACCUUGGUAGUUUGACACAUGCUGCUCUCUAAGAUGAAAGUACCCUUAUCUUUGCUCUCAUGCUGUUGAGCUUAGACAUUAGGGGAAGGGUCCCCUGAUUUAGUUCUUCAGUUCAACAUUCGUUUUCAGUGAUUGACCAAAGAUCUGUAAAUCUGCAUCUUAUUUUUUGUUUCAAACAUUUCUACUUUGGAAGCAAAUCCUGGGCAGACAUUGCCUUGCCUUGCUUUGCUUUGGUGGUAUUAUUGCAGUUAUGGUUCCCAUCUUUAGCAAGAGCACUUUCCAGACAAAGCUUUCUCAAAGAGGGUGGGCUACAGGCAGACUAUGCCUCUGCUGUCCCUUGGUCCACCUUUGAAUUUGCAGCAUAUACUGCAGGGGAACAAAGCACUUCCCAAGAAGCAGCUUCCCCACGUGACAAGAAAGCCAGGCAGCAUCCCUCUCAAGCUAGUAAAAACUAGGGUGUUCUCAGCAUUCGGCUCUGGGGGAGGAGCGUGAGGCUGUGCCUUCAGCAGAGAGACUCUGAUCAGAGAAGUUCCUCCUAUGAUAUACCCUCUUCCUUGUUUGGGUCUCUGUUUUCCUCCCAUUCCCUAGGGUUGACAGUUUGCUCCUCACCCCAGGAUCAGAGCAUGUGGAGUUCCAACUCCGGCUAAGUUUCCAAAAGAGCUCAGGAUGCCAAGUAUUUCAGUGCCAACAUAGGAGCUGAGCUCUACUGGAAAGUCUGGUUCCAACUGUGGGUCCUGAGCAUUUGAAAAAUCCGGCCUUGAGCUUUUUUGAAAAUUCAGAGUUUGUGCCCAGAGGAGUCUCUUGUGUUUCUGGAACCUGAUCCUUAGCCCAUUGACGUCAAUGGAAAGACUCCAGUUGGACAUCGGUGGGCUUGUGGAGGAAAAUAGACCAAGCUUAGCAUUCUCUGCUCUGGGUACCCAGAGUGGUGCAAUUCCAAGGCAGCUCCCCUGCAGUGGCACUAGCAUUGUGCCCCACUGGUGCUGUGGCGUGCAGCACCUUGGCCCACACAAGAACAGCAGGAAAACUGAGCUGCAGGAUAAUUGGCGAGGUUAGUGCAGCCAAGAGUUUGGGUUUAUUUUUCAACUCAGGUAAAAAAAAGUAGAAGAGGAAAAGGAGAGAAGUGGGUUGUGUUAGUGGGUCAGUUCCCACCUGCCUAGGAAGGUCAUUGUCAUGGCUAAACCAGUCGGUAGUUGCUCCUGGCAGCUGGGAAAAUGCUUUGCUGUAGCUCUUUCAAGGGUACUUGCUCUCAAAUUGUGCUGCAAAAAUCUGUUUGCCAGCCAUGAAAUGUGUGAUAAAUGUGUUUUCUCUUCCUCCACUCAGCUCCCCCAGCAGGGCUAGGCCAGAGCCCUCCGUGCUGAGGGAGUGGUGUUCACCAGAAGGGGAAAGGGACUCCUCUGUUUCUCCUCCUGCAGAACCCUUCUUUGUACUGGAUGUAUUUUGUAUUUGUGUGUUGUGUGUCUCAGACGUUGCUUGCAGAAGAAACCCAGAAGAAAAUAGUGCAUGCUCCAGAAAUCAGUUGCAGAGUACAGUGAGCCAGUCUGCAGUAUGUGAACAAAGCAGCUCAUCCCCCUGUACUAGUGGGAUGCAGAGUCUGUAACUGCAAACCAGGGAAGGGCAGGGCCUGCUGAACCCUUUUGCUGAAGAAGAAUACAGCGCGAGGUGAAAGCAGAGGAAAUCUGUCUUCUCUAAUUUCUUAUUUUGCAGGCUAUUUGUACUUUAUCCACAUGAGGUAGGAAACCCUCUGAAGCAAUUUUCUGCCCAGGUUAGAGCCAAUCUGCUGUAUUAAACGCCAAAAAGAGCUUAAUUUACUGGAGAAAACAGUCCGCACUAGCAUCUGAAAUAGUCUGCAUGGAAACUGAAGAAGUUGGGCUUUAAACCUUCAGGUUCGACUAUGAAUCUUUCAUCUUUUCCUAAAGCAGAGAGCAAAUCUCACGCCUACGCUGGUGACCUGUUCCUGAUUUUACACUUGUAGCUUUUCAGAUGUUAGAAUGGAUAAAUAAUCUGAGUAACCUUGUUCUAAAGUGGAAGGGAUCAAAGUGACACCUUCACAUAGCAAAACUAAGGAAUAAUAACCAUUAGAUAGGCAUAAAUAGUAGUAUUUUAUCAAGCAACAAUUCUGAUGACCACUAGCUUUCAGGCUUUUUUUUUUUUUUUUUAAUGGAUAGCUGAGAAUCCUGCACAAUAUCAGCUAUCUGUAUUAUCUGACUGUGUCUUCGGGCCCAUCAAUAGCAGUGUUUUUGAAUAACUUCUAACAAAAGUAUUUAUUUAUUCUAUUGAUUGUACAUUACUGUGUGUCCUUGUAUACUGAAUUCAGUGAGUGUGACUCUUUAUGCAAAUGGAGAUAUAUCUUUCAAUGUUGCAAACAUAUCUGUAAAUGUUUACCAGAAAAUUGUGUCUAUAUAUACAGUAUAGAGAAAAAAAUGUGAUUUAAGUGGGGUAUUAUUUUUUUGAGGGGGGAAAAAAAAUCUUUGCUUCUAAGAACGGCGUGGUUCUCUAUAGCACCUACUCAGUGAUGUGCCAAUCUGUCACUUUCCUUGUACUGUGAGAAUUGUUCUGUUACUGCAACAAAAAGCUCAAUGCAGGUUAAGAAACCAUUUGACCUCAGCUUUGCUUGGUUUAGCACUGAUUAAAAAUUGUGGAACAGAAACAGAGGUAGCAACUUUAUCCCUGAUCCCUCAAUGGAAUCGCCACAGGUGGCCUCUAUCACCCCACUGAUUUAUGUGGGGCUCUGCACAGGCACUGGGGUCAUCCUGGGUAGAAGUGAUUGCAGGAUCAGGGCCUAAUGUGUUUUAUUGCAGCAAUUUAGAUUCCCCCAAGAAUGUAAUAUAUUAGGCUGCAGUUAAAGCAACACUGCAUCCAUUUUGCUCUAAGAGUGUGAACGUUAAACUGAUCCCAGGGUAUUCUCCAGAAAAAUAAUGAAAAGUGUCUAUAGAGAAAGCUUGAGGGAUACAUUCUACUCUCACUUUGAAUGUAAAUCCAGAGUAACUCCAUUGCAGUCAAUGCACCAAAUGUAACAUUCAAAUGGGAGCUGCCAGCAUACAUUAAAGUCAGUGGAACAAAUUCUGCUCUCAGAUAUUCCAGUGGGAGUUGUGCAUGCAAAGCUCAGAGCAGAAUUUGGUCAGGCGGAUGUCUUAUCUUGAGGGCUUUGCUCUUUGAAUGCAUUUCUUGUUCAGAUAUCUUGCCAGGUUGUUAAUUCACGUGCACAGCCGCAGGCAGGUUGGCUGAUUGGUGGGGUUAUAAACAGUGCAUAUUAGAAAGUCAAGAUGUACUGUAAUCAUGGCAAAUUUCCAUAGCUUUUGGUCAUAUGUGGUCCUAGCUCAGCUCUGCGUGUGUGUCCAUAGAAUGUGUACUUGGAGUCACAAAGGCCCUGAAAAACUGGGAUUGUUUGGAUUUCAUAGAGACAUUAGAGCCCCUGGAAACAGAGACUGUUCCAACAGAACACUCAGAGAGCAGUAAGGGGGAAAGGGGGAGUUUGCUUGUCUGUCUGAAAUAAAAAAAUUGUGAGCAAAUUGAUUCCAAAACCAAACCAUGAAUUAGAUAACGUGACUGUAUGAUGUCCCCAUCCAUCCAUCAGUGGUUUAAAUACUUUAGAACCGUGAUUUUUGUGAACACCAGUCUUACAAACAGCCAGUUAUACAACCCAUUUUUCCUGAUGGGGAAAAAAAAAUCACAUAAUGAAAAUGGCGUCACUGAAAAAUGAGUCGACAGCCCUUCACAGUCUAAUGGCUCAAUGCACUGGAAAUCGCUUUGGAGUAGUUUGGAGGAGAAGAAGAACGAGACACAGAGUAUCACACUGCAACGUGAGCACCGUACCACUGUCAAUUUGAGAUGUUCCAUUUUCUGAACACCUCAAUCCCUAAUUAGUUGUAAAAUAGGGGUUCUAUUGUAAUGAAUGGGAACUGACCUCACAUGACUUCCAACUAAUGCACACAGGGCCUGGUGUGUCUAGGGUGACCAGAUGUCCCAAUUUUAUAGGGACAGUCCCGAUUUUUGGGUCUUUUUCUUAUAUAGGCUCCUUUACCUCCCACCCCGUCCCAAUUUUUCACACUUGCUGUCUGGUCACCGUAGGUGUGUCCAGGGGCUUUAAGUUGGUAUAUCCACACUGCAGUCCAAGGGGUGAUUGCAGUACGUGAAGCCGUACCCGAUAUAGCUUUACUCUAGCUAGCUCAGGUGCCAAGAGUAGUAAAGCCAUGGCAGCAUGGGCUAGCUGCCUGAGUGCAUACUUGGGUUUGGGCAGUUAGUCUGUGCUGCUGCUGUUGGUACCCAAGCUAGCUAGAUUCAAGCUUGCUCAGCUGUGACUACGUGUGCUGCAAUGACAUCUCCAGUUGCAGUGUAGACCUACCCUUAGAAUCCACUUGUAUGCACACAAUUUUUGUGCCCAUGUAUAUAUCCCUUAGCAUGCUCUGUGUGCACGAAUGACAGUGCGUAAACUGUGUGUGCAGGUAAGUGGAGGCCAUCUUUUAAGUCAGGCUUGUAUUGUAAUUUGUGUGGUAAUCCAUGCAUAAUAUGUCAAUUCCCAUUGAAAUUGAUUAGCGCUCCGCAAGCCUUGUGUAUGUGACAUCUAAUUCGCACACUGAGUGUUUUCCUUUUGGUGAUUUAAACUACGGUUACCAUAUUUAAAAAAUAAAAAAAAAGGACACUCCAGGGGCCCUGGCCCCGCCCCAACUCUGCCACUUCCCCAAAGUCCCCGCCCUAACUCCGCCCUCUCCCCUGAGCGCCCUGCAUUCCCCCUCCUCCCUCCCAGCCACGCGAAAAGGGCUGCCCGAGCGCUACCGGCUUCACGGUUUGCCGGGCAGCCCCCAGACCCUGCGCCCCCGGCCGAGCGCUCGGGCAGCUCGGCACUUACAGAGCCCAGUAGUUCAGGGAGCACAGCAGCCGCCAGAGUCCGGGAGGGGAAGUGCCCGGCCGGGGGCGCAGGGUCUGGAGGCUGCCCGGCAAACCGUGAAGCCGGUAGCGCUUGGGCUUCGGGCAGCCCCCUUGCCUCCGGAGGGGAAUUGCCCGGCCAGCGGCUCAGGGUCCGGAAGCAUGGAGGCUGCCCGAAGCCGGUAGCGCUCGGGCAGCUCGCCUUUAAACAGAGCAGAAGAGUCAAGGUAGGGAGCACAACAGCCGUGGGAGGGGAAGUGCCCGGCUGGCAGCAUUUUUCCUGGACAUGUUCGGCUUUUUGGCAAUUCCCCCCGGACGGGGGUUUGAUUACCAAAAAGCCGGACAUGUCCGGGAAAAACCGGACGUAUGGUAACUCUAUUUAAACAGAAUGAGUUAGGAGGGUGGCCAUUGGGAAAGAGUUUGCUUAUGUGUAUAAUAGGAUAAAGGCCGUGGUGAGACCAGUGGAAAACAAGCACAUAUUCUCACACUAAAAGUCUAGGGGUCAGGGUCGGUACAAAGCUACCCAGAGUUACAAGAGUAGGAUCUUGCUUAUCUAGCUGUUGCACCUCUUUUUCCUUCUCCUCAAUCCUUUCCUUUCUGCCUGAGUGUGCACCUGUGUCGUAGAGGCCCUAACAUUUAAGUAUUACCGUGGGUUUUCUGAGAGAACAGAGCCAUAUUACUUCUUUGUUUCCCUUCCCUUCCCUGGGAAGCUACACAUUGUGCAGGCAGACAAAUUGACUUUUGACACUAGGAUAGAGCCUUUGGCAGAGAAAUGCAUUAGACAAUUAUUGUGAUAUGGGGCAAACUAGAUGAGCCAGAUGAAUAUUUUCUUUCGGCAACUCCAUAUGGAUGCAAUUUGCACCUCUAAAGUCCCAUGUGAGCUCAUGUGUUGACCCUCUGCAGAGAGGGGAGGUUUUUUUGCUCUAUAUACUUAGCUCUCAGAUCAGCUUGCUUUGUAUACAUUCUACUUAAUGUCCAAAAACAAAUUCCAACCCUGAUCCUUUCCUAAGGGGGUUGUUAAUGGAUUCUUUGCCUGCAUUUGAGCUUUCUGCAGAUGUGACCCACCAAACGACUCUUGAUAUCCAUCUUUUUCAGCAUUACUAAAGUAAACAUUUUAGAAGUGGUCUUUGUUCCUGAAUGUGGUUUUUUUAGAAGAGGUUUUUCUUUUUUCCUGUGUUGAGACUCUGGAUGGCCUUUCUAUAAACACUUCUCAUAUAGAUUGACUUUUCUUCCCAAGACCAAGAUUGCAUUGAAGGCUGCGAUGCUGCAAAGUGUUACUCUUACUCAGCCUUUUAUUUUUUAGCAGCCUCUUACCAUACAGAAUUUUGGUUUUGCUGUAGCUAAAGACUGCAAUAGAAGUACAGAUGUUAAUGAUAAUUUUUACUGGUGGUUUAAAAGCCAUCUCAAGGGAAGCAAUUGCUCCUGAUGCUGUAAUGUAGACAGCAUAAUUUUAGCUCUUCUGUUUGGGUAAAAUUCACCUCUCAGCAGAGGACAGGCACAAGCCACUUAAGUCCCACUUGAGAGGUACGUAGGCCUUUGUGGGCCUAGGCCAGGGGGGAAUUUCACUCCUACUUUCGUUUUUCUUAUGACUGUUUUUUUUUUUAACUGUCAUAUGUCAUUCUUGCUCCAGAAACGCUUGACUGUCUUUUCUGUCCCCACUUGCUCUGUCAAUCGACUGAUUUCACUGAGUUGGGAGCUACUUUAGGGAUAGUCUAUAAAGAAUACAGAGCCCUUGUUCCACAACCCUUGUCACACACGACAUGAUUUUCUUUAAAAAAAUUAAAUGACUUGAAAACAUGCAGUGUGAGUUGCUGCUCUGUUUUCCCCGUAUUGUAGCUUCCCUGUUCAGCCAGUGAUAGUCUCUGAACCAAUUUCAUCAGUGAGAUAAAGGGGAGAGAUUUUUUUAAAAUUUGACAAAUGUACUGACGAAAUGGCAUCCUUGUGAUUUAUCUGUCUGCUUUGGAAUUUUAGCUAAAACCAGCAGUUCUAGUAAUGUUUCCCAUAUUUCUUGAGCACAUGUAGAUACUGAAAGAGCACAAUUUGUUAUUUAUGAAGUGCACAUUUUCUAGCAAUAUAGAAAUUUGGUAAUUAUUGCUAGAACUAAUCAUUAAAACUCUGCAGUAGAUAAAGAUGGUGUUUUCCUGUAUAAUAUUGGACCUCUCCUAAAUACCUGCCAUUACAUCCCUUUGAAUAUUGCCUCUUCUGUCUUCCUACUUAGGGUACCCAAACCACCUUAACUCUCUCCUGUAGUUACAACCUGCAAGAAACAUACCUUAAUGAUCAAAACGUUUUUUAGUUUUUCAGUCCCAGAUUAAAUUGAUUUUUAAAGACACAGAUUUUUUUUUUUUUGGUGUCACUAAGGACAAGAAUUAUGGUUGUUUGUGUGCCUUAACUUGCAUUUCUAUAGCUCAACAUAUUUGUAAGCUUAACCUUAACGCUGAAUAUCCUGGGUUUAUAAUGCUUGUGUUUUGAAUAGUUACACCAUCCUUGUAAUGUAUUUUACCCUAAAUUAGUGAUGUAAGUUCUCUAGUUUUUGUCGAGCGUAUCCUUUAAAAAAUAUUAAAAAUUCAUACAUGAACACUGACCGAGAAGCCCAAAGAGAAUGUUACAGUGUGAUAUUGCUAAUGAUUUCAAGAUAUGAAGUAUCAAACUUAAGUGUUUUAUUUUUACUUUUAGGGCCAGGCUUCCCAGUAGGUUCUAGCUGCGUGAUGGGUUUUGGGAGCAGCACUAAGUAGCCAGACUGUACUGGCUAGUUAAGCUGCAUUUACAACUGUUGUGCAUUGACAGAUCAGCACGAAGUAACCUGCAUUUAUACCCCAGCUUCUGUCUACCUCCUUCCCUCCACAUUUCACCCUAGUUCUCCACCCACGUGCCCUUUCUAUUGGGCAGAUCUAGUGCAAUGGAUUGGUUUGGGAAUGAAAUAAUUAGGAUUAAUGGUCAUUUUUUUCUGUUACUUUUCAUAACCGAAAGUGUCUCCUUCAGCAGAGGCUGGAACAUAAAAUUAUUUAGAAAAUCUCAAAGAAUUGCCUGCUUUCAAAAUGGCCACCACCUCCCAUUGUUUCCAAUAACCGUGAAGUCCUCAGAGUAUAGACAGUGAUCCUCUCUGCGCCAUGAGGAGCUUGCUGAAUGGAGGCAGUGGACACCUUUGCUGAGGGCAGCAUGUGAACUCACUCCCAUUCAGAACAAUAGGGGGUAGCAGCCAAUUCAAAAGAGGGCAAUUUUUCAUGGAAUUCUCUGUAAUAGAACUUCAUCUCCAGCUCCUGCGGAGGGAGGGACUUUCAGCAAUAGUUUAAAAUGACCAUUUAUCUGAAAAAUAAAUAAAAAUCUUCAAAUAUUAGUCUAUGCACAAAUUCUUGGUGAGCUCUAACUGUAUGAGAAAUUUGAAGAGUUUGUAUUGUUUCCUUAAUAAGAUAAUUGAGGUUAAAUAAAAAGGUCUGACACUGGAUACUACAUUUCUUAAGGGACUCAUUUUUACCAAAUUAAUUUACUCCUAAAAUUAAUUAACAGAUUUACUUGUAAAUUCUCAGAAAAUUCAUUCUUCUCUGAGUAAUUGCUGAGAGUUUGGGGAGAAUAAUCUGUAUUUUUCAUAAGCAGAGGUUGCAUCCUGGCUUUAUGUACAAAAUGUAACUCUACCUUCACUAUGGACCCAUGAUUGGCACCUACAUAAUUCUAAAACAUAUAGUACCAAGCUUAGUUUUUGCUAAGUACAGUGGGAAACCUUAAAAGACAGACCUCUUAUACAUUUGGGAAAUUAAUGAUAAAUUUACCACAAGGAUGUGUUGGAAAAAGAAUUACAUUUAACAGGAUUAUGAAUGUACUGUAUGAACUGGUGUUAAACCUUAUGUUGCCCUACAACAAAUUGCUGCUUUUACCCAUAGGAUGCCAUUUUGGUCUCUGGGACUCACUCUAUAUGAGAUUAAUGAGCAUGGUAGCUUUUAUUAUAACAUUUGUAAAAGUACUGCUAAAGUCUGUCUUGGCAUAUUUCAACUUCACACUGUUAUAUUUUACUCAUGCUUUUGGUUUUCUUUGUAAAUUGUUCCUUACUGUUGUUCAGAAAGACAAACUAAAACUAUAUUCUCUAUGGUUAGAUGUAUUUUCAAAUCAAUAAAAUCCUGGCUGUUGUUUA